AAUACACAACGAACGACCAUCAAGCCAACAACCAACAACAACAAUGUCUGCUUUCAGUUUCAUAUUGCUAACGAGCCUGGUUUUGGUUGCCGUUGCCGAUUACUACGGCGACAGUUACGAUGACUUCUCGCAGUACGCUCUCGGUCAGUAUGGCACAGCGCCAUCGGGAUCGGCAGCGGAGUACAUCUACAGCGAUGUGGCGACAGCAUAUGGCGGCGGAUCGGGUUCGGGAUCAGGAUCGGGAUCGGUCAGCUAUAAUGUUGGUGCCGCUUCCAAUGGCGCUGCGUCGUAUGCUUAUGCUGCUGCUGGGGGACCAAAUGGGGCACGAGCAAUUGCCGAGGCGCCGGGACCUUACAUGCAACCCAUUGCUUAUUCCGGUUAUGGCAAAAAGUAUGCGCCAGCCUAUGUGACGACAGCGGCGCCAGCAACCACUGUGGCUGGUGCCACAACGGCGGCAACCACGGCAGCAACAGCAGCAACGGCGGCAACGGCGGCAACGAGCGGUUAUCCCAGCUAUACGACAUCGACAACUGCUGAUCCGGCAACAACUACGACAACAGCAGCAACCACAACGACUGCAGCAGCAACCACCACAACUGCAGCAGCAACCACAACCACCGAGGCAACCACAACAACAACAGCAGCAACCACCACAACUGCAGCAGCAACCACAACCACCGAGGCAGCCACAACAACAACAGCAGCAACCACCACAACGGCAGCAGCAACCACCACAACUGCAGCAGCAACCACCACAACUGAGGCGCCUUCAACGACAACAACAACAGCAGCCACCACCACAACUACCGAGGCAACCACAACAACUGCCGCUCCCACAACAACGACAACCACAACGACAACAACAGCGGCUCCUACAACGACAACAACCACUGAGGCAGCCACCACAACAACGACAACAGCAGCGCCAACGACAACCACAACAACAACAGCAGCAACAACGACUACAACAACAGCUGCACCAACAACGACAACAACCACAGAGGCAGCAACGACAACCACAACAGCGGCAACCACAACAGCAACAGCAGCUUCGACCACAGCAGGUAUAACCAUUACAAUCACGCCUACAACUGGAAUUUCUCUAUGCACUGGCACCGUAAGAACCAUCGUUGUGCCUUUGGGUGUUCUUACCAUCACAUUCACAACAUGCUAAGUAGAAGCAACAACAACGACAACGACAGCAACAACAUUCGAAAAUGAGCUAACCCCAAAAACAACUAACUUAUUUCUAGCUACUACUAAUAAUCUUAAAUAACUAUAAAUAUUUUCAAAGUCAUAACUAAAUUCCUCGACAUUUAACAAUCAAUAAAAAAGAGAAAAAUAAAUAAA